UAUAAGAUCGAAAAGAAUGAAUGCAUUGAUUGCAUUUCAAGUGAGAUGUCCAAGAGAAAGGGAACGAGGGGAAGAAGCGACGAAGAAAAGAAGUGAAUGAAAAAGCAUGGCAUGACGAGAAUGGAGAAAUUCGAGAUGUUAGAAAGUGCAAAAUCUAUAAUAGCAAAAAUCCGAGAGGAUUACCUCGUUGUUCUUUGUCUCAUAAUAAUUAUUCUGCUUCUGAUCUUCCUAUACUAUUACUUUGACCAAUCUAACAAAUUGGCUUUAGAAUUAAUAAAAAACGAAGACGUCAAAUCUAUCAAAAUCGGUAUGUCAGGUUUAGAAAUUAAAAAGAAAUGAGAACAAGCAUGGCAUGACGAGAAUGGAGAAAUUCGAGAUGUUAGAAGGUGCAAAAUCAAUGGGUGCCGGAGCUGCUACAAUUGCUUCAGCGGGAGCUGCUGUAGGUAUCGGAAACGUAUUCAGUUCAUUAAUUCAUUCCGUGGCAAGAAAUCCAUCAUUGGCAAAACAGUUAUUCGGAUAUGCAAUCCUGGGCUUUGCUCUAACCGAGGCUAUUGCCUUGUUCGCAUUAAUGAUGGCCUUUCUGAUUCUCUUUGUUUUCUAAGUUUAUCCUUUUGAAAGGUGUAGUCUCUCCUACCUGAGGAAGAGGACGAGGCCACCCCCUUUCUUAUUAUUUUAUUAGGGGUGUGGGAAAGGAGAGAGGGAAUGCGGGCUCCU